AUGGCAGAGCUAAAACAUGUCCUAUGUAUACCAUUUCCUGCACAAGGUCAUGUCACUCCUCUCCUGAAACUGUCCCACUGUAUUGCUGAUCAUGGCAUCAAGGUUACCGUUGUGAACACCGAGUCUGUUCAUACGCAAGUGAUGGCCGCAAACCAGCUAGAUGAUGGAUCAAAUCCGAUUGAUUUCGUUGCAUUUCCAGAUGGGCUCGAGACUGACGAGGAGCGCAAGGACUGGGUGAAGCUGCUGGAGAGCAUAUCAAGAGUGAUGCCAGGUUAUUUGCAGGAGUUCAUUGAGAAAGUGAAGCAGCAGUCAAAGGGCAAUGAAGAUGAGCAGAUCAACUUUGUAAUUGCAGACCUUACUGCCGGAUGGGCACUGGAAGUUGCCGAAAGGAUGGGUAUCAAGCGAGCCGGAUUUUGGCCCGCCUCAGUUUCGUCUCUGGCCUUGACACUUCAUAUUCGAAAGCUGAUUGAGGGUGGAGUCAUAGACAACGAGGUCAUUGCUCUGAUGAAUGAUGCGAUCUCAAUAUCGAAGGACCUUCCCUCAUAUAAGAGCGAUGACCUCACCUGGACUUUCCCUGAAGAUCUGACGGUGUAG